CGUCAGUUGCUAAUUGAUUCUGUGCAAAAUGACUGACAUGGAGAAAUAUGAACGUAAAGAAAGCAAAUGGGAGAAAAGGAAAUAUUUCUUAAGACAGAUGACAAUCAGCAGUGGAGGUUGGACCUGCUACUUCAUCAUGGGCAUGUCCUUCGGCGCUUCCACAGUCUUCAUCCCACAGAUCAGGAAGGAGGCCAACUCCGAUGAUGCCAUCAGUGAAUCUACUGCUUCUUGGAUACCUGCCAUUAUGGUCUACUCCGGCUUACCUUGGACGUGCAUCUUACCAAUCUUCAUGAAGUACAUCGGACGAAAAUACACCUUCAUGUUCGUCUCAGUCAGCAACUUGAUAAGUUUCAUCGUGUUUUACUUCAGUGUCACAGUCAAUCAGAUCAUCAUCAGCCAAGUGAUUAAUGGGAUCAAUACAGGAUCCCACUUCACUGUGUCAGUCAUGAUCAUCACUGAGUACACCUCACCCAAGCAUAGAGGAUUUUUCUUGACUGUGAAAUCUGCUACUCUUUUCUGGGGUAUUUUAAUGUCUAAUGCUAUUGGGACAUUCUUCCAUUGGAGGAACAUUGGUCUAGCUGGUAUCAUCUGCAGUGCUUAUGGCCUGUUGAUAGCAAUUGUACUCCCUGAAUCUCCAUUUUGGUUGGCAACUAAACAGCGCUUCGAAAGGGCUGCCGAUACACAUAGAUGGAUGAUGGGAUUCGGCAAGCAAGCAGAAACAGACUUAGAAAAAUUAAUUAACUACCAAAAGAAUCUCAAUUUAGAAGCACAGCAGAACAAGUUAAAUUUGAAAGGAUACAUUAUCGGGUACUUAAAGAUAAUAUCCAAAAGACAGUUUUACAAGCCCUUGGUUUUGUGUCUGAUUGUGCAUUCUCUUUAUAUAUUCUCUGGUAAAGUAGUAUUUAGUGUGUAUGCUAUAGAUAUUAUUAGUAAAAUUACAGCUGGGCACCACAUAUCGCCUUACACUGCUAUGUUGCUUCUAGAUGGUGUCACUGUACUAUGUAUGUAUAUUGGAUGUUUAGUAGCUAAAGUAUUGCCACGAAAGAAACUGUUAAUCGGCUCAUCUUUAGUAGGCAUUGGUUUUCUUUUAUCAAUAUCCUGUUACGCAUACUUGAUUAAGUUGUCAUUAGUAGUAGAGAACAAUUACUUUGCUAUAUUCUUGCUUAUAGGAUAUUCAAUAGGAUUGUGUUUUGGACCUGUUAUAUUGACACAAACAAUAUCUGGUGAAUUAGUUUCUAUAGAAGCUCGUGGACUUUCAUCAUGUUGUAUGGAUUUAUCGUCUAAAGUAUUAUUAGGUACUUUAGUUAAAAUAUCUCCUUUCUUAUUCAAAUCCUGGGGUACACAUGGUGCUUUCUUAUUCUUCGGUCUAGCGACGUCAUUCUUCUUGGUUUUGAUUUACGUAUUUUUACCUGAAACUAAAGACAUGACAUUGCAAGAAAUUGCCGAAUGGAUGAAGGGAACUAAGAGGACUCCUGUCAUUGUACAAGAAGAAAUGAUUUUUUUACCUAAAGAGAAGAAAUAGGAAUUCAAAUGUUAAGAGUUUGGGAACUAGUCACUUUCACUACAACUAAAGCCAGAAGGUUGUAAUAGAAACUAGAUUGAUGUGCAAUAAUGUGCCUUAAUGUACUAUAAAGUUGAUGGUAUUUUGGAAAAUGUACCAUGUAUGUGAUUAGCAGCAGUUAAUCUAAUCGAUAUCAGCUAGUCUGCAGUUAAAUUAUAAUUACUAAUUGUGUCACGUGUUUUUGUCUUUGUUUUCGUAUUGAUAAGAUAUUGUUCUCUGUUGUAAUUUAUAAGGAAAUAAAUCAAG